AUGGCGCCAAUGUCGCAAGAGGACAUCGAGUGGUUCAAAUCCACUUUUCGUCCCAUCCCAAAGCCCGAACUUCCCGACGACUGCAUCGAGUACUCGUUACACUAUAUUCCUUCGGACCCCACCCCCGCUGUUAUCGAUGAAGUCGCAGCUACCCGGACACACUUGACGGAGGUGCAGAAGUCCGCAGCGGAGUUGACGAAGCAGUUGCUGAAGGAUUAUAUUUGGCAAAGAGAGGCAUUCCGCCUGGAGAUCACAAAGAAAGAUGGCACGACCACGUUGGGCGGACGAACGAACUUCGGGGACUCGGUAGAGGAUGAAUGGGUAAUUGUGCAUCUGCUGCGCGAGUUGACCAAAAAACAUAAAGAUAUCUGGGCGACUGUGACAGAUAAUGAUGGGCAGUUUCUCCUUGCAGAGGCGGCAGGGGCAUUACCUUCGUGGCUCGAGCCGGAAAUUGCAGAUAAUAGGGUAUGGCUACAUCAAGGGGACCUUGUGAUCGUCAAACCGAAGAAUGAAAAGCGCAGAAUCACGGAAACAAUAUCUCUGUUGGAGGCGAGAAGGAUAAUAAAGGACGAGCCCAAUAGAUUGAUGCGCUCAGCCAUGAUUCAAGAGGAGGCAUUUUACCGAUUGCGGAAUUACCCGAAGCAAAUCAGUGAGAACCUUCAUUCUGCUUUGGUCACUAUCCCUCGCAAGGUCGCCUUCCUCUUGCAUCAGAAGCCCGCCUAUAUAUCUCCCGCCGUUGAAGCCUUCUAUCUUCGGGAUCCUAUCGCGCUGAGGCCUCUGCGAAGUAAGAAUUCUGAAGACCUCACUUUCAAGCCUGAGGAUUUCGUCACAGUGAGCACCCGCUUUACACGGACUGGAUACGCACAAGUCAAAAGUCAAGAUUUCCCGGCGCCAAAGUCAUGGGUUGACAAACUGCCUUCUACCGAUGAUCGGAAGUUAUACGAUCGUGCGGAUACCGGGAUGAAAAUGACUUGUGGUUUUGAGAUGCUUUUGUCGGACCCGCAGAACCAGGAUAAGCCACUAGUGCGGGAAAUGAAACUAAUACUCGAGGAUCUAGAUACCGGUGAUGAGACUCUUCCCACUGCUGAGGAGAUCCAAAACUGGGACAAGCGUGAAGAUGACGAGAAAUGGCUAGAUAUCAGCUUUGAGGACUUGGACAGUGAGCUCAAGGGGAAAGGAAAAGAGAGGGCUAAAUCUGCGGGGGAGUUUGGCGACGCGAAUGCACAGGAAAACCUGCAACGAAUCGUUGCUCAGUUCGAGAAGUUCUUGAACGACGAAUCAGCUGGUUUCGAAGGAGCCGACUUCAUCGACGACUACGAGACGGAUUCCGAUGUCGACGAGGACGAGGAGGAAGAACCGGAUAGCGAAGGUGAAGACAAGGACGCGUCCUUUGACGAGGAAGAGUUUUCCAGGAUGAUGAAAGAAAUGAUGGGCAUGCCUUCAGGGCCAUCAAUGCCUCCUCUCAGACCACCGAAAUCAUCGAGUCCGGCUAACCGAGUGCAAGAGCUGGAUACCGACUCCGAGGAUGACACUGAGCAGAUCCGACAACUCUCACGGGAAAUGGAGGCCGAACUAAAGGGAACGGGAGUGCUCGAUCUGAAUCGUCCUAGCGAUAUCUCCAAGGGCAAACGCGCCGUGUCUCAGGGAGUUAUGGGGGAUGAAAGCGGUGACCCCGACCUUGAGGGUCAAGAUAUCAAUAUCAACCUGGUGAAGAACCUUCUAGAGAGUCUCCAGGGACAAUCAGGGACAGCGGGUCCGGCCGGGAAUAUGCUCUCUAUGCUGAACCUGCCCAUGCCUAAAGAUGAUCGCCAACGGUGA